AUGCCUAACCUGCCCAACCUCGGCACCCUGGGCCGGAUCUGCGGCUCCAGCCGCAGCGACGAGACCAUCGUGUUGGACCGCGUCAAGCGCAAGAACUCGGUGAGGCGCAUGUCAAUCAUCGAGGACGGAGAGCUGUCCGAGGUCCUCUACCUGAUUCCCAAGCAGUACAUGAUGGAGCAGCUUCCUUUCCUGAACCCCAACGACUACAUGCUGUGCGAGAAGAUGGUGGGCAUACCGCCAGAGCUGUCACUAAUGACCCCUGUGGCCCACACUUAUGACCCACACGCCGCCUUCCCCCCGCCUCAGAAACUGUCCAUCCCGUGUCAUAGAUGUGGGGAACCCUGCAAGGGAGAGGUGCUGCGAGUCCAGACCAAACACUUCCACAUAAAGUGCUUUACUUGCAAGGUGUGCGGCUGUGACCUUGCUCAGGCGGGGUUUUUCUUGAAAAAUGGUGAACACCUUUGCGCGGUGGACUACCAGCGGCUCCACGGGACACGCUGUCACACCUGUGGGGAGUUUGUGGAGGGGGAAGUGGUCACGGCUCUGGGGAAGGCCUACCACCCGGCCUGCUUCGUCUGCACCCGCUGCAAACGACCAUUUCCCACUGGGGAUCGCGUCACCUUCAGCAGGAAAGACAGUCUGUGCCAGCGCUGCGUCCAGCCAACACCGCCCACGCCAAAGGACACCGGCAGCUCUCACAACUGCAGGGGCUGUGAUAGGGAGAUCAUAAAUGGUCAGGCCCUGCUGGCCCUGGGGGGACGUUGGCACCUCGGCUGCUUCAAGUGCAAAACCUGCAGCAAAGUUCUGAGUGGAGAAUACAUCAGCAAAGCCGGCGUUCCGUACUGUGAGAGAGACUACCAGGUCCAGUUUGGGAUUCAGUGUGAUUUGUGCUUAAAGUUUAUUACCGGAAAAGUCCUUGAGGCAGGUGACAAACACUAUCAUCCGAGCUGCGCACGAUGCAGCCAAUGCGACCGAAUGUUCGCCGAGGGGGAGGAGAUGUACCUGCAAGGCUCGACGAUGUGGCAUCCAGACUGCAGGACCAGCAGCCGGGCGGAGGAGAGGCACGGGCUCACCAGGUCUUCCACAGAGAGCCUCUGCUCCAGACCAGGUUCAAGUGUUCCAGGGUCACCUGGUAGCACUAUCUAUGCAAAAGUAGACAAUGAAAUCAUUGACUACCGCGAGUUAGCCGCCCUUCCCAGAGUCAAGGCUAUAUUGGACAUAGAGCGUCCUGAUAUGAUGUCUUAUGGGUGUGUGAACGACAGCUCCUCCGUAUUGGACAACAAAGGGAGCAGACAGGACAGGCGAAGCCCCACAGAGUCAGCAGGGAACUUAUCUCCUGCCCAGCCUACAGAGGUGCCGAAUGACACAAGUAAGUGCCUGAUGCACAGAUCCAGGAGCCAGGGGUCUGAGGCGUCUCCUGCCGUGUACAACCGCCACAGCUACACUCCCAACGUGUUGUCGUCACCACAACACUUCCACCGACCAGAUCAGAGCAUCAACAUGUACAGGAGGCCUCCGAUAUACAAACAACACGAUUCAGCUGCCAACUUCACCCAGAGCAAGUCCACCGGUGACAUCAUCACAUUGGCCAAGUUCCCCACCGCCUGCACUGUGACGCUGGACGCAGACCCACAGACAGUGAUGGACGCCUGGCCCCGUCCUCCUUCUGCCACAGCGUUUGGCUUGGUGGGGAGGACCCGGUCCCCGCAUGCAGGGGAAGACCACUGGAAAUGUCGACAAAUGCACGAGGAGCAUCUCACCAAGAUUUCCUCUGUUCUGGGAAAACUGAUCAUGAGGGAGGACGAGGAGAAAGCGGUGAACAGGGAACGCUGCUCCUGCAUGGGGUUUGAUCAGUCCUCACACUCCAUCCACACGACAGAUCCAAAUUUCUCCCCAACCAAAACCACCCCCUCGCCGGUAUACGGCCUCCUUCAGCCCCAGUUCACCCAGUACACCCAGUACAAGAGCCACGGGGACCUGAGUGAUGGCGUCAAAGAUUUUAAGCACACCAGUGACGAGCAGCUCCUGUUAACACGAACAGACAGAGGAGGGUCCAUGCCCAAUCUGCUGGAGCCAAAAGUGUACCCGUACCACAUGCUCAUCGUCCCCAGCCGAGGACAUGCAAAACUUCCGAAGGCCGUUGACCGAACGAGACUGGAGCGCCACCUGGCUCCCGAUUCCUUCUUUGAGAUCUUUGGCAUGGACCUGCAGGACUUUGACAAACUCCCACUUUGGAAACGCAAUGACAUGAAGAAGAAAGCCAGGCUUUUCUAG